AUGGCUUCUCCCAUGAUCCGGUUCGCCGCUGUCCCAGAGCUGUUCCAAGCCAUCGAUGCUACUGCUGGAGAUGCCCUUGUGGUACAAAAUGUUUCCCAGGAAGCUUACGCCAGCAUUACCAAGGAGCGAAGCCAUCAGGGACGCAGCUUUCGCAUCAAGCGAUACUACUCUGAGCUCCAGCUCCUCAUUGUGACCAUCCCAACAGAGGCUCAUGAGCUCCUACACUCGCAACUUUACGUAUAUAUUCACUCCGCCGCUAUACAGAUGGGGCUCGGUCCGGAGUGGGUUUCAUUGGGCACCAAGACAUGUCGAGCGCAGGGCCAUCCAAAUGGAGAUGGUGGUGAGGGAGACUCGUCUGGUGGACCAAGAAACCGCCCAGUAGGUUCUCGUUGGCCAACACUUGUCAUCGAAGCGGGAUAUUCUCAGUCCCUGGUGAACCUAAGAGCUGACAUGCGUUGGUGGUUCAGCGCCUCAAACCACCAAGUCAAGAUUGUCCUCCUCGUCAAGUAUGACUCCGGCGCUGGGCAUGUCGUCAUCGAGAAGUGGCAGGAAGUCAGCUCAACCUCACGCCAGGGUGCGACAACGACACGAGCUGCGGCAAGCCUCACACCCACCCGCAACCAGGCCAUCACCGUCAACAGAGGACCCAACUCAACUUCACAUACUGUGCUUAGAGGGCCACUGCGACUGGAGUUCGAGCUUCUCUUCCUUAGAGCACCGGGGCAAGGAGAGGGUGAUAUCGUGGUUUCUGCCAAUGAGAUUCAGGAUGCGAUUGGUCCGAUAUGGGGAUGA